GCAUGUCCCUCUUACGCAUCCAGGACACCUGCAAGAUGAACAGAAGAGUUACCAGUUAACUUGGAUCACGAGCACGGCAUCCCGAUGUUACCGGUCACCGCUCCCGAGGGUUCGUCCUGCAAUUUAAAUGACUGCGACACGCAGCAGCAAAUGUCUCUCGGGCUCGGGCAACAACACCGGCAGAUUACCCGCAGCUUGGUCUCCGUCGGCUCCAUCGUCUGCCGAAUAUGUCACACAAACACCUCUAAGGAGUCGCUCAUUUCGCCUUGUAGAUGUAAAGGAUCGUUGGCUUACGUGCAUUUGACAUGCUUGGAAAGAUGGCUGAAUCAGUCCUGUCGCUCUUACUGUGAACUAUGUCGUUAUCACUUCAACGUUAUCGAAACGCCUCGUUAUCGCUGGCCAGAAUCGUUGAGGAUAUGGAUUAGCCAUCCCAGGAAUCGUAGAAACAUACAAUCAGAUUUGCUUAUCUUCACAUUACUUUCCGUCGUUACGGUCGGUUUGGUAACAGUUUGUCUCUUAGGUAUGCAAUACUUUGUUAUCGAGGGAAAGAAGAUCGGGAUUUCUAAGCUCUGGACAAGAGGGGCCAUAUGGUUCUUUCUCACGUUCGUAGUGCUGGGCUACAUCACGACGGUUUAUUUGUUGGGAAAAGACCAGGUGGCACCUUGGUAUAGAUGGUGGAGGAGUACCGUGAACGUCAGGCUCAUCAUGGACCCUCAACUGUUCAGGAGACUAUCGAACGAGUCCUUCCCAUCGCAUGAGAACCAAACCCCGGGUAUCCACGUCACGCAGAAUCCCAGAUGCCCUACUAACAGUCCCCAGCAUCAAUAACAAAGUUGAAGGUUCAUCGUCUUCGGUGAAGAAAAAACAAGACAAUUUUAUUCCCUCUAAGAACUCUGUUUUGAAGCAAAUUCCUAAAAAAUCUCGUUGUCUGCUUACAAAUAAACGACUGAUCAUCUAUU